AUGACUAUUGUGAAAGACCCUUCAAACAACACAUACUCUUCAUCUUCAACCGGUACCACUUUUGAUGUGCCUCCUGGGCCGCCAUCGUGGUCGCGCCGUGCCGCGCUUUUCAGCCUGCCCAUCUGCGCUGGCGUGCUGCUGCCGGGCGGCUGGGGCCGCGGUGCUAUGGAAGCCCUGGCUUCCGAGAGCACCCUCGUGCUCCCCCGCCCCCGGCCGCUCCGCUCUCUCGGUUGGUCCGUACCUAGUGAACUAACGGUACUCAACGACCUGGAAGUUCCGUUAAAGCUGUACUGGCUCAACUAUGAUGGCGAUGCGGAAUUGUUCGGAUCACUGAGUCCCGGCUCCGUUUUCACGGUGCUCACGUUCGAAUCCCACGCCUGGCGAUUCGUCGACGGCACCUCGGGCGCCACUGUCGCCGAACAUGUGAUGGCGGCAGGACAGCAGAUUGUACGGGUGGCACCGAGUACGGCAGCUGCCGCCGGUGGAGCCCUGGCGGGGCCGUCGACCAGCCGUCCGGCAACGUCGUACACUUACCAGGCGGCAACGUCACGGCCGCAGUUGGGGCCGCGUGGGUCCGGAACUGGAGGCGGCGCCGCCGCAGCGGAAGCGGGCGUUGCGGCGGCGCCUCCGCCGGGGUUGGAGGAGCUGCCGCCGCCGCAGCCGCCAACGACGGCGGUGCGCAGCGCGACUGCAGGCAGCGCUAGCGACGGCGGCGUCGUUCCGGCGCCCCUUUUUGAGGGCUUUGACGGUCUAGGCAACGAAGAGCAGCAGUAUUGCCUUGCACAGCUCCGAGAGAUCGAGAUCUUCCCCGGCGGCGGCAACGUGCUGCUCGUCCUCCCUGGAUCCAAAACCCCCCUGGAGCUGACUCUGGCGGGUCCUGAGGCGCUCAGCCUGGUGGCCGCCACGGGCUCCCUGGAGCAGCGGCGGCCCUCCACGCUGGGGACCUGGACCCGGUCGCUGAUGGUCUCAGGGGUAGAGCUACGCCGUGUCUGCAUAAACCGCAUGGUGGAUGGCGUGUAUUACUGCCGUAUCGUACUCUCCCGCCCGGACGGCUCACUCUGCAGUGUGGAUGCGACCCCCGGGGACUCGCUGUCCAUGGCGCUGCAGCUGAGGAAGCCCAUCUACGUGGCCAGUGAAGUAGCCCGGGUGCACCAGUCUGUGGCCGACGUGUUCGCCAGCCGCCGCCGUGCCAUGGAGGAGGCUGCCGCCAGCGGGCUGCUGGACGAGGCGGCGGAGGCGGAGGCGGACCUGAAGGCGCAGGCGGCCCUGGACAGCAUCACUCGUGGGAUACCCUCUGCUCCGCGGCCUGUGAGGGUGCUGCAGAUGGACUCCCAUUUGGACGCCUAG